CUUGUUACACAUACACAGUUAUCACACACUGAUUCAUUCUCUUAAAAAAAACCCUCUUUUUAUUGCAACUUUUUUCAAAACUCCAAAACCAAAACCCCUCAUUACUCAUUCCUCUAUCCAUUCUCUCUUUCACCAUGGCACCAAACUUUCCACUCAUUCUCUGCAUUUUCACCAUCUUUGCCAUCCAUUUCACCAACGCCGCUUCAUCUUCACACCAUGCUCCAUCACCCUCUGUUGACUGUUCAACCCUUGUUCUCACCAUGGCUGAUUGUUUGUCAUUUGUCACAAAUGACAGUACCAUAUCCAAACCAGAAGGAACAUGCUGUUCUGGCUUGAAAACUGUCUUGAAAAGUGCUCCUUCUUGUCUCUGUGAAGCCUUCAAAAGCAGUGCUCAGUUUGGUGUUGUUUUGAAUGUUUCAAAGGCCUUGACUCUUCCUUCUGCUUGCAAAGUCUCUGCUCCUUCUCUCUCUAACUGUGGAUUGUCUGUUACCCCUGCUGCUGCUCCUGGUGUAAUUGUCUCCCCAGCAUCUUCUCCUACUGCUGAAGCUGAAGCACCAGGUGUAGCCACCACUCCUGUGCUUCCAUCUAGAGUACCGGCAGCCGCGCCGACUGCCAAGAGCGCGGCAGCAUCAGCAUUGCUCCCUAUUUCAGCAGGAUCCAUUCUUGUUUGUCUCUUAUCUCUAUUCUCAAGCCUUUGAGUAUUUGAGCAGCCAUGUCUAGUUUCAUUGAGAGUAGGAAGGUUAUGACAUGAGGGAUUAUUUUGAGUUUUGAUGUUUUUUUGAGUAUUAUUGAUUUAUUGUUACCAUAAGAGUUAUUUUUAUUGUGGGUGUAACUUGAACCUAUUCAUGUAUAUUUAUUUAUGAGUAAUGAAUUUUGCAUUUUUAUUAUUUUA